CUCGACCGAUAAUAACAUAAUCAAUACAGCACAGCGCAUAUUCCGUGUUCGUAUUUAGCCGAAACAGCAUGUUUACAUUCUGAAAUGUGAUGAAUCUUCUCACAGAAUAUUCUGUUAACACUGCCACAACAUACGGAUUUUACUACCUGGAUUAUACAAUCAUGUCAACACACGAACCGAAAGCUGAGCGCCAGGGUGAGGUGCGCGCCGAGGCCCAAUCGGGCGAGCGGACGGAUGCGGGAAUUCAUCUGGGCGCGGAGAAGUACAUGAAGGAGGACAAUCCCCAGGAUAACCCGGCGUAUGAUGAAGCAACGGGAAGACAGACCGGCGCCGGUGUCCCGCCGUCCCAACGGGAGAUGGGCGAUCGCCAACGGGAGGCGGGCGCCAAGGGUGCAGCACAACCCGAUGAGUACGUCAAGGCGGCGGUAGUGCCGGCACCCGCCCCAUCCGCCGAUCAUCUAAUGAAGAACUACCCCGGGAUGUAUCCCGAGGUGGAGGAACAGGAGCGCCGUCGGGUGGAGGGGCAACGGGGAGAGGAGGCGGAACGGGAGCGUCGCCAUCAUGAGCACCACCAUCACCGUCAUCAUCAUCACCACCACCGCGAUGAGGAACCGCGUCACGCGGAGAAGACCGUGGAGGUCCGUGGAAGUGAUGGGGAGGUGCAACGCGCCAAACAGGAGGUGAUGGGGGAUUCCUGGCAGGGUCCGGAUCCCCGGAAUCCCGAGGAGUCGCGGCGUAGGGACGUCCAGGAACGGGAUGAGGCGCCCCGGGAACGCCGAGUGGCUCGAGACGAGCACGUCACUGUUGAAGGUGCACCUCGAGAAAGGGAGGUACGGGAGGAAGUGGCCACCCGGGAUCGGGACGUCGAGCCCCGCCGCCAGGAUGUCCGGGAGGAAAAGGUCAGGAACACCGGCGAAGGCGAACGCCGGGAGGUCCGGGAAAAGGUCAAAGACACCGACAGCGGCGAACGCCGAGAGGUCCGGGAGGAGAAAUUCAAAGACGACGGUCAGCGCCGGGAGGUUAAGGAGAAACGGGUGUCGGACGAUGGAGAGCGCCGUGAAGAGCACCAUGUCGAGAAGAACACCGAGAACCCCCGAAAAGGCUAUAAGAUGUCGGAAGCUUAUGCGCAUGGCGAGGCUGUCCACAUGGACGCCCAGGAAGAUUGCCGUAUCAGUGAAAAGACUGACGACGAGGGCAAGGAAGUCCACCGCGAGGAGACCACGAAGGACGACGGUGAACGUCGAACGGAAACUAAGAAGGAAGUGGUACGCGAUCGUGACAGUUCCCGGCGGGAAUCAGAAGGCAACGCGGAGCGUGACCGCCGUCAGGGUCACGUCGAGGAAGACGUGGUUAGUCGACCGCCCAAUAAGCAGACGGAAGGCGGAGAUAAGCGCGUGGACAUCGGUGGCGAGUCUCAAGGCGAAAUGCACGAACGCACCGAUGUAAAGAUGCCCGAAUAUAACGAGCAAGAAGAGAUGGCGGCAGCCGCAGCCAAACGAGCGGCUGAAGAUGGCGCCGCCGUCGAUAAGGAUAAGGUCAUCGCUGAACACGCCGCAAUGUUCCCCGACGAUGAGGACGAACAUAAGAAAGGCGGACUGGUUCAUAAGCUGAAGCACGCCCUGCAUUUGGACCGCUCCGAACGCAAAGCCGAGAAAGAGCGGAAGAAGGAAGCCGAGGAAGGUUUUCCGGAACGCCAGGAAAAAAUCAAACAGACGCAAUUAGAGAGUCAAAAAGCGAUGGAAGUGACAACCGAGGAGAAAGUGGAGACCCCCGACGGGGAAAAGGUUCGCGGGGAAAAAGUUACCAAAGAAAGGGAUACCGAUGGCGGCAGUGUCCAGAAGCGCACCACCGAAAUCAAGGAAGAAAAGGAUCCCCGGGAACCGGCUGAUACGGAAAGCGUUCGCGAAGAUAGAACCGUGGAAACACGGGACAGUGGCGCUUCACGUCGACCGAAUGCCAGUGGCGAUAAAGCGCGUGAACGCAACACCGAGACCCGGGAAAAGAUCACCGACGAUCGCGGUGAUGUGCGGGAAGAACGCCGUGUCGAGCGGAACGAGCGCCGCGACGAUGCGGGUGAUAUUAGUCGGCGUGAAGAGAAGACCGUCAAAGUCCGCGAACCGUCGCCGAGCCGGGGCGUGACCAGCCAGGGCGUGCAGACCGGCGAACCCGCGAAGGACCAGCCACCGCCCCAAGGAUCACGUGACCAAGCCUACGAAGGCGGCGCGGUGAGUAACUCCCGCCAGAACGCGACGGUCCCGUUGGAGAUCCUCAAUCCCGAGGGGAUGCACCGUAAAGCGGAGGAGGACGAGAUUAUUAAGAGCGGACAGAAUUACGCGGAGAUGGACUUCCGCCAACCGCAUGAGGAGCGCAUUCCCCGCGACCGUAUUGAGCGCAUGGUGGAGAUGGAUCAUAAGCGGAAAGCGGCCGGUCUGGCGCCCGAUGCCGAGGUCCUGGCCAAUAACUUUCAGGUGACCUUCCACACGGCGGAUUCCAUGGAACGGGUGGACCAGGCCGGGCAGCCGGCGGUGGAGCAGGCGCCACCCCGACGCGAUUCCUCGUAUCGCCGUUAGAUCUACCGGCUUUUUUGAAUCUGUAUUUAAAUGUGCGGCGAUAUAAUGCUGCACAGGUACUCUAACACUGUUAAAUUAUUAUUGCGGGAAGUGAUUUGUAAAUUGGCAGCUAAUCAAAGCGUAUUGGUUCUUUGCGAGAUUAUUCAUGUAAUUUAAAUUAUUUAUGUAUUUCAGUAGCAGCGCCUUGUAUGAGUACGUUAUGUACUUUUUUUCCAGGUUGUUCCGCAAAAGUCGGGAAUAUAACCUGCUGAAGUUAAAUAAAACAUUAAAUGUAUAAAGUGAAAUAAAUGUCAAAGUUG